GUUCAGUUCAGCACCAGCACAAAGAAAGUCGCACAAAGAAAGUGACACGAGGGAUGGCGCCGCUUUCCGUCAAUGUGCAACGCAUUCCGCUCUGCUCUUGUCCAGUAUCUACUCCAGCCAUAAGUCAGUCCAAAUGACGGACACUACACUAUUAUGUGCACAGGGACAGCCGAAGAAGGAAAUGUGUGCAGCAACACAAGACAACACAAGACAACACAACACAACACAAAGCCACACGUGAAAAACUGAUAAAGGACUGGUGAAAGAACCCGGCCGACAUGACAUAAUAUGGUCAGUUAGAAGACCCCGCUGGCUGGCUUAUCUGCCCGCACUGACACUUCCAAGUGUCGCCUCCUGUCGCCUUCGCCUGCCUUCGUCCAAAGCUAACGAAUCCAUGUCUGCCAUGGCAGAGGAAAGGACAUACACACACACACACACACACACAUACGCAUACACAUGAAGUGGAGUGGAUUGGCUCACCUGUCACAUUCCUGUAAGUGUGAUCUCUGUCCCUCUUGUCAGCCAGUGCUCUGUCCCUGUGGUGGUCUGCACGCACACCGACACACAAAGCCACCCACAGCCAAAAAAAUGUGACGUGACACCUUAACAUCAAUCAAGUCAAGUCGUCAUCUCUCCUCACCGGCCUCGCUUGGCUGAGGAUGUGGAUGCACAACGACGAUUGGGUCGGUUCGUCUGGUGCCCAUCUCGCCGAAGAAGUCGUGAAUGGUCGUGUUGUCAUCUGCAGCGGUCGAGUGCUUCUUGUGCUUGCCGAUCAACACGGCGUUGGGUCCCUUUGUCGUGGACAGACAAAACAGCCACACAGAACAGAGAGAGGACAGCAAUACACACAUACACACAUGUGAGUGUACUCGCCUCUCUCCCUCCCUGCGUGUGUCACUCACGUGGAUCUUCCUUGCUUACCUGAUAGAGAUACGUGAGCUUGGCCUUCAUGCCUCCCACAGUGCGCACGUUCAUCCUCACACCAAACACGUAAGUACCGUUCGACCACCGAGACCAUUUCAGAGAUUCAGAUUCCCAUCCGAACAAUCCAAACAGCCGUCCGAUGCCGCUCAUGAUCCCAGACGUUGAUAGCGAGGGAG